CUGCGGCGUAGAGACAGACAGUGAAGACAGGAGAAAGUGGCUCAUGUGGGGUCUGAUUUAAGAGAGACGCUUCACCUUCAUCCUUCUGUCUUAUGAAAAGGAAAGAGACGCGUUUAGGCUACUUUUCAAUAAACAGACAGACUUAAAGGAAAGUGGUGGGACUGGAUCAAGGCGGACGACAGGAGCCCCUCUUGACUGAAUUGUUCCUCCUUGGAUGUAUCAGGUAGCAGGGGAGAUUUUCUGAUCUCAGCCCCUUUCGGGAAAUGAGUCAAACGACGGAUGUGAAGGAAGGUAAAGGAAAGUGAUUGAAGAGUAAGAAUGAUAUCAGCAGGAAUCACGCUGCUUUCAUCUCCUCACUGAUUUUAUCAUUUUAUUUUAUCUAUUAUCCGAGCUUUGCGCAUCACCUUUCAAAUAAUCUAAUUUUACCCACCCACCCCAAGUUGAUCCCAGCUAAAAAGAUUAGUUGUAAAAACUUGCAUUCAGCUGUAUUAUGGAAUGUCGGCGUCUCCUGCCUUGUAAUCAAUUUUAAACCAGUUUUUAAAAAAUAUUCAUUUUCUGAUCUAAUUUGAUACAACUGAGACUUGAACAUGGCCAUCAACACGGACACCGACUUCCUGAAGUCCAACUUGGGAGAGGGUGGAGGAGGCGCUCCGCCUGCGGACUCCCAGGAGACGGAGAAACUCCUGGCGGUGACCACCGAGCCUGGAGGAAAUGGGAUGAAGAUGUCCACCUCCUUCACGGUCAACAUGGACAGCGACAAGGGCCUGGAGGCCGACCAGAACGGCCACAGCGUCGCUGUGAGAUCGGGCUCCGCCGGGCAGCUGGCCGCCGCCGCCCCCCUCUCCCCGUCCAGGGCCAGUCUGAGCCGCUCCUCCACAGGGAAUGCUACCGUCCAGGAGACCCCGAAGCCCAAGGAUUACCUCAUCCUAGUCAUCAUGUCCUGCUUCUGCCCCGUUUGGCCCGUCAGCAUUGUCGCACUGGUGUACUCCAUCAUGUCCAGAAACAGUCUCCAGGUGGGGGAUACUGAUGGGGCCAGGAGGCUGGGUCGACUGGCUCGUCUGCUCAGUAUCGUCUCCAUCGUCCUGGGCGUUGUCAUCAUCGUAGUCUACGUCUCCGUUUCGGUAAGCAAAUGACAUGGAGAACCUGAGGGUAGAAAAAUGAAGCGUGGAAGCAAAACCAUGGAUGCAACAAGGAAAAAAACAAAAGCCCAUUCCAAAAAAUAAAAAGAAAUACAAUUCCUAACUUUAUGUCAUAUGGUAAUUACAUCAUGACCACCUUCAGAAUACAAAAGAUAGGCAACUCAUGACAGUAGGUACUGCAGCAAGUAAACAAAUGAAAAAAUCAUUCAGAGAUGCAUGCAUUAGAAUCCAGUAACAUUUGCUUGACAAAAAUAACGAAAAACCUGAUGUAGAAUUGUUCAGGUUAAAACAGAGGAAAAUGAAAAUGCAGCUUUGUAUGUGGUCAGGAGGACUCAUUAAUGUUUCUGUUUGGAAUAAUGGACUCCUUAAAAUGAAGAGGAUGAUCUAUGUAUGAGGAGAGAGUGAACAAUAGACAUUUUCUAUGUCUGGGACGGAGCUCCUUUGAAAAACUCUGGGUUUGGACUUCAAACUUUGGACAGCUGCAUAUAAUCCUCAUAUAUUCCUUACUGAACCUCUUGCAUUCAAACCAUAUACAGCUACAAAUAUAUUUGAAAUAUGGAUAUAUGGAUAUAUGAAUAUAUAUAUAUAUAUAGAUGUACAUUUUAUAAAAUGUUUGUAUGCCAAGUGGUGCUGGGUUUGUUAAGAAUGUCACAAUGGCUGUUUUGUCAACACUUGGGAUUAUCAGUGGAAAUCCAAGGGUUUGUGAAAAGGGGCAGGGAACACAUUUUUAAUUUUUGUUAUUUAUUAUUAUUUUUUGAACUAAACAAAAUUUGAGACCAACUGCAUGCCUGAAUGUAGAUAACCAAACUUCUGCCUUCGUUUUGACUGUUAUUAGUUGUCUCUUUUCUUAUUAAGGAGCCAGAGAGGCUAUCAGGUUUGCACAUGGAAGAGUGAUUUGUGUACAUUAUGAGUCUAGCCACUGUAGAAUGUGUAAGGACUGUGAUCCCCCCAUUUCUCCAAAAUCUCUUGAACAUUGCCUUGCUCUGGCAGAGACUGAAACGCAUGCCAAAUCUCCCGCCAUCUUUUAAUUCCUUCCUUUCACAUCCUCUAAUUCUUUACCACAAAAUCUGACUAAGUGGCUGCUGUCCUUAAACUCCAUUUUACAUAUUACAUUGUACUACCUUUCUACACCAUAGCUCCCCAUUUUUCCCUUACCAUUCUUACAUUGUUAUACAUUGACUGUUAAAUGCCAUUGUUUCACUGAAUGUUUUUUUCCGCUCCUUGAAUUGGUAUGAAAUGUAUUUAUAUGGGAUAUAUAUAUGCAAUAUGUACGCAUGCUAUGGGCCAAACAGGCUUACACACAUUUAUUUUUUGUAAAUGAACAGGCCUGAGUUUGAGUUUGACUGAGUAACAGCAAAUAGCAUUUAAAUAAUCUUUAUUUAAAAUCCAAGCACGACAGAUUGUCUGUAUUUGUCACUUUAUCAGAGAGAAGUCACUGUAUUAAAUCCCCUGUGACUACGCAGGACUGUUGUAUUGACACAUUACAGGCUUAUGCUACAAGCACAGGUAACAUCACUGUUAGACCAUGUAGCAUUAUUUAAAUCCACAGCUUUUCUUUGGGCAUUAAUGCUUCAUUGUUUUAUCUUGUGCAAUUUAAAUCAGGAAUAAUUUGGACAAAGUCCCAUUCAAGGGAUAAAAGGUGAUGCCAUUUGUUGAGUUCCAGUGAUUGUUUAUUUAAGGGCUCAUACAAGUGAAACAGGAGAAACACCAGCUAAUUACAACUGAUGAGGGAUGACAUUUAUCAGACUAUGCAGCUAACGUGAUUCUUCUAAAGUCCUAAUCUGAACACCAUCAAUAUAAGGCUGAACACCUGCAAUCAUAUCAAGUAUUAACACUAUAUAGCACAAUGUUUUGUGCAAAAUGGGUUUUUAUCGAUUCCAUUCCAUUGUUGUACAUAAAAAUCUUUAUCCAAACAUCUGAAGCAGCAAAAUCCAAAGAGUCCCCAUGUUUACUACCAAACUAAUGAAAAAAAUGUUACAUUACAUUGUUGCCAAAAUGGCGUAUGUGUAAUUUCUGUACAUCACACAGAGUGUAGGCUACUGCUUUAGUGUUAUUCUCUAACACACAAAUGUUCCAUCUCUGAAACUGGUGUUUAAGAGCCAGAUGUCUAGCCUAUAAGCUCUACUCUGUCAGUAAAACAGUUCAACACAUCACUUCAUUCCUAUAUAUUCCUGUGUUUCUUUACCAAUAUACUGUAUGUGCCACUUUUCAUCUCUGUGGUGUACAUUUUGCAUGUUUGGAAUAAAUGUUACCAUGCAUGUUC